GGAAAAAGGUAUGGCUAAUCCCAAGUGAAGAAGAAGCAGAACAAGAAGCUAAAUUCAUCCAUUUCACUUGCUGACACCCUCCUUUUCUCUUCUUGCUCUCCUCAAAACCUGUUUGCAUCUCAACACAUACUAUGACUGCAGAAACCCAGAAUUCUGAAACAGAGAGCACAUCAAACUCAAGCUCGUCCCCAUCUUCCCCAACAUCGCCACACUCUCCUCCUUCAGCUCUGCCUCUCCAAAACUCUGUUUUGCGAGCUAAAGCUGAGAGCCCAGAAUCCAAAAAAGUGAAAAGAAUUCGAGACUCCAGCAAGCACCCAGUGUACCGCGGGGUCCGCAUGCGAAACUGGGGUAAAUGGGUAUCUGAAAUUCGCGAGCCUCGCAAGAAAUCUCGCAUAUGGCUCGGUACAUUUCCAACGCCGGAAAUGGCAGCCAGAGCACAUGACGUCGCCGCCCUGAGCAUUAAAGGCAGCUCUGCUAUUCUCAAUUUCCCCGAGCUGAUCGACCAGCUUCCUCGUCCUGCUUCACUCGCUCCUCGAGACGUUCAGGCGGCGGCAGCGAAGGCCGCUCAGAUGGAUAAGUUCGACCUGCCGACAUCUUCGUCCUCGUCAUCACUGUCAUCGCUGGUGUCAGCAAUGGACUUGAGUACUGAGUCAGAGGAACUGAGCGAGAUAAUAAAGCUUCCAAACUUGGAAACGAGCAGCGACGCGGUGGAAUUGGUGAAGGAGUUUGUGUACGUGGACCCGGAAGAGGGAUGGAUGUACGAGCCACCGUGGCUACAGAGCAUGGAGGAUUGCGGCCGGUAUGCAGCGGAUCAGCUAUGGAAUUACUAGAAGUGCCCUGUUCUUGUUGUUGUGAAUAUACGUGAUGGUCUCUUGCUCUGUUUUUUGAAUUUUGUGGCUUGAGCCCUUGUGGUUUUUUCAGCGGAGGGGCAAAAACACAGCACACCCUCUAGAGUCUAGGGUCUCCGUGUUUAGUCUCUUGUUUAUGUGUAUUUUGUCUGGACUCAGUACGUAUGUAAAUGAAUGGUUUCCGAAUGAAGGAGGGGGGGAAAUGCCGUCAAAUUCCGUA